UCUAUGAUUAAACGAAAUAUCAUUUACUCUGGCCCAUUACAAAGCGUUUGCAGCAAUUCCAAACACGACAAAUUGCAGCGAAAGAUGUUUGUAGGGCGAAAUGAAAUUUAAAACUUCAUAAAUAUCCCGCGCGUUUUUACCGAGGUUUGAACCUGGAACUGUACGUGCGCUCGGUGUGGCAACUCUACACGCUCAACCAAAACGACACCAACGAAACUAGCGGCAUUUCACUAUUUGAAUAAAUUGUAAUCGCAAUCUCUGCCAAAUUUCAACGAAAAGAUCAUCUUAAGCACUUCGCUAACAAUCCUGGAACGCACGACGGACACUGGCAGAUAUGUGGCCCGGCUCCGAGCGAGGCAGCUCGCGAGCCUUGGAGUUGCCCACCAGCCAACAGAACGCGGGCGGUAGUAGUCAGCAGGAGACGCUGGCGGACAUUGAGCACAUAUCGACUAUAGCCGGUUCAUUGGCCUCCAUCGGCACAUUGUCGCACACACAGAUGCGCUACUGCACAAAUGAUGCCGGCUAUGAUACGGAACACACAUCGCUCAACUCUGAUUUUGAUGAGGCGGAGCUACGUAGAGAGCUGCUAAGAGAUAAAUGGAAACUUUUAUUUGAUAUGUUCGAUCCGGAGGGCUUUGGCGAAAUAUCCGUUAGCGAGUUUUUGGUCGCCUUGAGAUCGCCGGAGUUUGUGUCCCAAGUGCCUAUGAAUAAGCGAGAACUGUUGCUGGAGCGUGCGAAGAAGGCACAUCUGCCCAUCGGGCCUGGCUAUGUGACGUUCCAGGACUUUGUCAACGUGAUGAGCGGCAAGCGUUCGCGCAGCUUCAAAUGUGCGGUUCAUCAACGAGAUCGUGAGGUUUGCUCUGAGAACGAUUUUCAGCUGGUGUUAAGCGAGCCGCCGCUCUUUAGAAAGAUGGUCCAUGCGGUGGCCAUGGAGGUGCUGCCGGAGGAGCGUGAUCGUAAAUAUUAUGCGGAUCGUUACACAUGUUGCCCGCCGCCGUUUUUCAUUAUAUUGAUCACAAUCGUAGAGCUGGGCUUCUUUGUGUAUCAUACCUUGGCCACGGGCGAGGCGGCGCCGACAGGUCCCAUACCCAGCGAUUCCAUGUUCAUUUAUCGUCCCGAUAAGCGACACGAGAUCUGGCGUUUUAUUCUAUAUAUGGUGCUGCAUGCUGGCUGGUUCCAUUUGGGCUUCAAUGUGGUCGUUCAGCUGCUCUUUGGCUUGCCCCUGGAGAUGGUGCAUGGAUCGACGCGCAUCGCCUGCAUCUAUUUCUCGGGCGUUCUGGCUGGCUCACUGGGCACCAGCAUCUUUGAUCCUGAGGUGUUUCUCGUUGGCGCCAGUGGCGGCGUUUACGCUCUGCUGGCGGCGCAUCUGGCCAAUGUGCUGCUUAACUAUCAUCAGAUGCGUUACGGCGUCCUACGUUUGGCUUUUAUACUGAUUUUCGCUUCCUUCGACUUUGGCUUUGCCAUUUAUGCUCGCUAUGCUGGCGAGGACUUGCCGCCUGGUCAGCUGGCCGCCAGCUCGGCGGCUGUCUCCUACGUUGCCCAUUUGGCAGGCGCUGUGGCAGGCUUGACCAUCGGAUUGCUUGUGCUGAAGAACUUUGAACAGAAGCUGCACGAGCAGCUGCUCUGGUGGAUUGCAUUGGGGACCUAUACAGCGCUCGUUGUCUUUGCCGUCGCGUUCAAUGUGCUAAACGGCGUAACUUUGUUUAGUAUGCGCGUGGAGAAGAUAAGGUUCACCCAAACCUACUUUAACGACUUUCAGGUCUAACUGGAAAUCGAGUUCAAAAUCGAUAUUUGUUGAAGUUUUUUGUUAUUUAGUUUGUUUUCCAACUGGACAGUGAAUAAGUUUAUAGUUUAUAAAUUCUGUUUUUUUCGUUUCUAUUUUUUUCUGUAAGUUCGUUUACUGCGUGCAAUAUACGUAAAGACAUUCAGACAUAUAUGUAUUUGUAUAGUAUAUAAUAUAUAUAGACAAUCGUCCAUACGUUAUCUAACGCAAUUCGUUCCACUUUUCGAUACAUACGUUGGAAAGUACAAAAGCUUGAAAAGUAUCACUUCGAAAAUAUAGAUAAUUAAAAUCGAUGAGAACAAAUGUAUAUUUACAAUAAAUUGGAACUGAUUAGGUGUAUUAAAAACGCUAAAAACUUGAUGCUCAAGGAAAAUAAAUUCUUUUUUAUAAACUUAAGCGGAAAAACCCGAAAUGGAUAAUCAAGUUGAAUAAAAUAAUGUAAGGUGUAAGAAUAAUAAUGUAUAAGUGCUAUAUUGAAACCGAUGUAUUCCAAAAUUUUUCCAGAAUUGUCCCACUGCAGGCCUUACAUAUAUACAAUGAAUGACUUUAUUCUCAAGACUACCUCAAAAAUCGGUAAAAAUUAUAUAAAUCGGUUUCAAAAUUUAUAUAUAUUGAAA